AUGAAUAGUCGAAUAUGCCAAAGAACUAAGAAAUUAUUCAUAUUCUUUAUUAUAAUUACUACUUUCUUCCAAUAUGCAUAUGGUUUAGAAAAUAUAGACCAAGAAACUUUCUCAAUCGAUAACGAACAUGAGAAGUACUUGGAAUUUACUUUUACUAAACCUGAAUUAAAACAUUAUAGACAUAAAAUUGAACAAUUUUUCACAUUUGCAUUAGAUAAUUAUCUUACAAAGGGCUAUCCAUAUGACGAAAUAAGGCCUCUUUCAUGUGUACCAAAGACAAGAAAUUUUCGAGAUCUGAAUGAUCUUGUAACAAAUGAUGUUUUAGGAAAUUUCACAAUAACAUUAUUGGAUUCACUGACAACUGUAGCGAUCUUAGGGGAUCGUCAACGAAUGAAACAACUGAUAAAUUUAGUAUUAGAGACCUUCGAUGAUUUCGCCAUUGAUUCCACGGUACAAGUAUUUGAAACAAGUAUUCGAAUUAUUGGAAGUUUAAUGUCUACACAUUUAUAUAUUACAGAUCCAAGGAAACGAGUAUAUUUAGGAGAUGAUUAUGAUGGUGAAUCUUUAUUAUUAUUAGCUAAAGAUAUUGCAGAUAGAUUGUUACCUGCAUAUAUGACAAAGACAGGUUUACCAGUAUCUAGAAUCAAUUUAUUAACACGAUUUAAAGAAUUAACGGUUCAAUUUUUGAAUGAAAAUAAUGCGGCUGGGAUGGCAUCGCCAAUGUUUGAAUUUACAAUGUUAUCAUAUUUAACUAAUGAUAUGAAAUAUGAAAAGAUAACUAGAUAUGCAUUUGAUAAAAUUUGGACAAUGAGAAGUCCACUUGAUUUAAUUCCAAUGUCAUUUAAUCCACAAGAUAGAAGAUUAUAUUCAACAAUGACCGGAGUUGGAGCUUCAAUUGAUUCAUUUUUUGAAUAUGCACUAAAGGGUUCAAUUUUAUUUGAUGAUGAAUCAUUAUAUGAAAUUUGGGAUACAGCAUAUAAUGCAUUAAAAGUUAAUUGUAGGGGGGAUUGGCUUUAUUAUAAUGUUGAUACACAUAGUGGUCAAUUAAUGACUAAUUGGGUUGAUGCAUUAAGUGGAUUUUUCCCAGGUUUACAAACAUUAAAUGGUGAUCUAGAAGACGCUAUACCGAAACAUUUAUUAUUUAUGAAUCUAUGGGAUACCUUUGGUGGUAUUCCAGAACGAUGGUCCUUCGAUAUCAGUAAUAUAAAGAUGGGAUCAUCGUCUUCCACAACAGAUGAAAAUAUGGAACAAGAUAAAAUUUUUACAUCAGAAGAAUCUCAAGAGAUGUUACGUAAACGUAAUAUACCAUUAGAAUGGUACCCAUUACGUCCUGAGUUUAUUGAAUCCACAUAUUUCCUAUAUCGAGCCACUAAAGAUCCAUUUUAUUUAAAUAUUGGUGUACGAAUUAUUAAAGAUUUAGAAGAACGAUUUAUGGGACCAUGUGGAUUUUCUGGAAUUCAAAAUUUGUAUACCGGAGAAAGACAAGAUCGAAUGGAAUCCUUUGUAUUGAGUGAAACUUUAAAAUAUUUAUAUUUAUUAUUUGAUGAUGAUAAUGAAAUACACACAACGAGAGAUAAUGUAAUUUUUAGUACAGAAGGUCAUCCAUUAUGGUUAAGACCUGAUAUUAAAAGAAAAUAUAAUAUGGAAAGUUAUUUUAAUGAUACUAAAUGGAUUGAUCAUUUAAAUAUGUGUGAAAUGGAAGAAAUAAAAUAUCUUGAAAAGAUGAAUAAUGAAGGUAGUGAUGCCGAGAAAGGAUUUUUCCAAUUUGCUAAGAGAUUAUUAUCAGUUAGUUCAGAUUCAGCUAAAUCAAACUCCAAAGAACAAAAUAUUGAAAAAAAUCAAGAUGAUGAAGUGAAAGUUACACAAUUAUCUAAAUCAUCAACAAUACCUCCUCAAUGCAAGAAAUAUACAAUUAAUAAUAAUGAUAAGAAUAAAACAAAUGAAUGGUUAACAUAUUCGAAUAUAUUAAGUCAUUAUGAUAAAUUAUUUGAAAUAUCAUAUCGAUAUAAGGAUACAUUAAUCCAACCGAAAAUAUUAACUACAAAUGAUUCAAUACCAAUACCAUUAGAACCACAAUUUUAUAAUAUAUGGGCAAAUCCAAAAUACAGUCAAAGUCGUCGUCAACCUACUACAAUGGCAAUGGAUCUAAUAUUUAUGUCAGUGAAUGGGACUUAUUAUCCGCCAAUAAAAUAUGAUCAAAAUUUUACUAUACGAUGUAAUACUUUUCAAGGUAGACGUAAGAUAAGAUUAGAGAAGAUCGCUCCGCGGCUAAUUGAUUCUUAUGGAGAUACUGUAGAUACAUCAGCAUUCCGCGAUAUACAACGCAAGGAUAUAUAUAAUAAUGGGUGUGAUACAGCUGCUGAAUUAUAUACCCCAUCUUCAUUAUUUCGUGCAGUUAAUAUAGAUGGAAUAGAUAUUCCAAAAGGGUAUCGUUUACAAUUACCUCGUGACGAAUUAUUCAUCGAGCCAAGAGAAGAGAAUAGUUCAUUAGGAUUAAAUUUUGAAGAUCAGUUGAUGCUACAAUGUAUACCUGUCAUAAAUAUUUAUGUAGUGUAA